ACUGACAACUUCCUCAUUUGCAUCACAUCGCAAACAGUCUUGAACAUCCUGAUAUUAUUUUUCUUUUGGACUUCAAACAUGGCAUCAAAUCUCUCCUCUCUGCUUGUGCUCAUCGUCUUUCUGCCAGACAAUCUCUGUGGACACUCUGAAACUAAAGAAAAGUUACGGAAACCAAACAUUUCUGUGGAAAGAUCGGAGCAUAACAGGGUGGUGGUUGACAUAGCCUGUGAGACAAAGCUGGAAAACCCCACAUCUGAAACUAUCACCUGUUUUCUGUACAUUGGAGACUCAGCUGAGGCUUCAAGAACAGCACAGAACAAAGGGGAACACUGUACCUUUAUUGUGGGUACUAGUGACGUGCAGGGCAGGAAGGUGAGCUGUGAUUAUAGUGUGAAUACGGAACCUGAGUCUCUUUCUCCACGCAGUGGCCGGGCCACAGUAGGUAGAGUGCCCAAGGCAGAGUUAGGAUUGAGUCGUGCAGUGAUUUUAGUAGAGGAGUCAAUGACACUGAGGUGCAGGGGACCUGACUCUCCCCCUGUGUCCCACUGCACUUUCACCAUUAAUGAGAGAGCGAUCAGUGGCUCAGAUUGUGAGCGCUCAGUCACUGGAGCUGAGCUGCUCAGUGGGAGACCCAGCGCACUCAAUGAGCUGAGCAUGAGAUGUUCCUACAGUCUGGAGGGAAGACCAUCUCUACCUAGUGACUCCUCUACAGUAACUGUGCUGGGUAAACUGCCCAAGGCAGAGUUAGGAUUGAGUCGUGCAGUGAUUUCCAUAGAGGACUCAGUGAAACUGAGGUGCAGGGGACCUGACUCUUCCCCUGUGUCCCACUGCACUUUCACCAUUAAUGAGAGAGCGAUCAGUGGCUCAGAUUGUGAGCGCUCAGUCACUGGAGCUGAUCUGCUCAGUGGGAGACCCAGCGCACUCAAUGAGCUGAGCAUGAGAUGUUCCUACAGUCUGGAGGGAAGGCCAUCUCUAUAUAGUGACCCCACUACAGUAACUGUGCUGGAUCUAAAGAAGCCCAGCAUCUCAGUCUCCAUGAAAAACAAUCAGGCACACAUUCACUGUGAAGCCCCACCUGACAUCACUGGAGCAGAGUUCUUCCUGUACUCAACAUUGAGUAAAACACUUGUGAACAGCACCCUGGCUGGAAAGGAAGAGCGAGCAGCCAUUUUCACUGUCCCCCGCAGCUCUGACUCCACUCUGAUAUACUGCUGCCGUUAUCAGUUUAAGAGGAUCAACUCUGAACUGAGUGACCGUGCUGAAGUUAAGAACAAGGACCAGAGAGGAGGAACAGAGGAUCAAAGUACAGGUGCCCACUACUCCUAA